ACUUCCUGAAGCUGGCUAAGUUCUUCUCUGUGGUCAACUGGAAGGUGGCAGAUGAAGCAACAAUUAUCGCAGAUCCCUAAAUGAAGGGCAGCCACAAGGAGGAUGGUGACAGUGAUGAGGAAGAACAUUUCGAAGGACCUCGCAAGUCGGUUUGCCCUUACUGCCAGAAGAUGCAUUUGGGUAUUCCCACAAACCGAGAAAUUAGGGAAAUGCGCAAAAUGGCACAGUUAAAAAUGCUACGUGCAAGGAAGGCAUUCUACUGGCGGCAGCUGCAGCGAGGGAUGAUCUCUAAGAAUGGCGCCUUGUUCCUCGUGGCCUGUGUCGAGAACGCCCUGGCGAGGGAGAAGAUGAACAUAGACAUGAACGAGAUCAAGGCCCUCUGGACGGAAAAGUACUUUUUCAAGUUCUACAAGUACUGCUUCAAGAGGCUUGCCACUGGCAGAGACGUCAUGGUGGCCGACGUGACUCGCAGGUGGAGGAUCUGGUUGUUUGUGAUCGCUUCUCGAAAAGCUUUUGCCACAUAUUACUAUGUAAUCAUCGUUAUGCAAAGUGUUUUGAUCAUCAUCGAAUUCAUGUUGAGAGGAUUGGAGUAUUUGUGUUGGUGGUGCAUUUUGUUAAAAGUAUUCAACUUUAUUUUCACUGUUAUUUACGGAUUAGAGAUUUUCAUCAAGAUAUUAAUUCCAAUCGUUAAACAAUUCUUUUACUCAAGUAUUCAGGAAUAUGUGUCUGAAGCAUUUGAAAUUACCCAUAAUUUUGUGUGGGUCGAAGAACAGAUGAUAGCGUUAUUAGACUUCAUCGUAACUUACGAAGAACUGAACAAAGAGCUGUGGGCUGAAUCUGACAUUGUUCGCUUUGACAUGGUGAGGCUUCUGGCCAGUACUCAAAAAAGGACUCCUAGUUGCGAGAUAGACUUGAAGACGACACUAGCCAUUCAUUGCACGCUGAAGUAUUUAAAGCAAUACGUAAAGGACCUCAAGGAAGUAGAGGGUCUUCUCGACACUCAAGAAUAUAUGUCACUAAUCAACCAAAUAGAAGAAAGGUUUAGAGGUACUAGAAAUUUCAUCAAGAAGGAUAAAAUGGAAAAUAUAUCUUCUAUAGUCAGUUCUAUUCCUUGGAUUGCUGGUAAUGAAAAUCUAGCAUGCUUCAUAGAAGAUCACGGAAUUAUGCUGAAGUACAAAAAAGGAGACCAAAUUAACGUUCCAAAACAGUUCUCAUUUAAAAUUUACAUUAUGAUAUCCGGCACUUUCGAAGUACAUUUUAGACCUGCAGACUGUUACGGAGAUGCUCGAGUGCCGCCCGGACGGCUGCCCAUAGUCGACCACCUCAUCGACUUCGACUGGAAGCAGAUACCUCGGCUUGGGAGGUAUAAGGAGUUCGUGGAGAUUGUGUCGUUGGCAGGCGUGAUUGGGGAGCUGAGUUUCCUCACCGGCCGGCAGUACAACUCGACAGUGGCGUGCGACACUGCACUCGAGGUCCUGUCUAUAUCUGCCUACGAGCUGAAAGAUGGAAUCGAGAAAUUCCCGAGCGAGGCCACAGGGCUGGUCACUCUCAUGUGGAAAACUGUGGCGGCGCGUUUCAUCCCGUACAUUCUCGCGAAAAUGCCCAUGUACCAGGACCUGACGCUGGACGCCAUAGUGUGGCUGGUGGCGCGGGCGCUGGUGGUGACGCUGCGUGGCACCAAGGCUCUGGUGGUGACGGGCGUCGUCAAGGAAGUGGUGCUGUUGGAGGGCCAGGUGCGCGACAAGGAGGGCAACCCGUACUUCGGCCCGUCCUGCCUCCCGCACAUCACCGAGGUCACCCCCGCGGACAUAGAAGACAUAGACUCGUGCCAACUGCUGGUAAUCCCUGAGGAAAAUGCAGGAGAAUGUUACAUCUUAGAUGAAGGCAACCAGGUGAAGGUGGAACCACUUGUGCUAUCUGCGUGUCCACUGCACGCAAUGAAAACCCGGCAUUCUGUAAAGGAGGGGUUUCGUCAAGACAUACGUCGUGUGAAGAGUUGGCAGAAGACGUGACCAAUGACCAGUCCUGCCCCGAUGCAGUCCGCCCCCCGGAUGUCAGUGGCGAAGCACCGGUAUCACUUGCCGAAUGAAUAGGUCCAAGAGAGUUCUAAAAUGCAUUAGAAGAACAUGAUGGUGCCAGAUAUGAAAAAAAAUGAUGCUUCAUAAAGAAAAAUUAAUGAUAAAUAUCUUCUCCUGUUGUCUAUGCUAUGCAAAAGAUAAAAUAAGAUAAAGUUUGUAUAAAAGCUGUGUAAA